AUGGUCCUGAAUAUCACCCAAGAACAACGCGAUGUCUCCACGAGGUUGCGCAGCAUUUUGUGGAGUCGAUGCUUCAUCCUGACACCGUUUGGCAAACAUCUUGAUAACGUCUGCUUUACCUUGCAGAAGCCUCAUGAGCGUCAUAACUUUGCGUCUCGACUCUCCGAUUUUGAGCAACAUGGCUCCAAAAUCGUUUUCACGAGACAAAAACACAGAGUCCUCAAUUGCAUCAGCCUCGUAUUCGAUGGCAUGAAUCACAGGAGCGAAUCCAUCAGUAAUGUCAUCGAUCAGAGCGUAACACAACCAAUCAGCACUCACAUUCACGUAAUCCUUCAAUUGUCUCACUCUUCUUCUCACACUAGCAGGAUGAGAAAUAGGGGAAAAGUGGAAAGUAAGGAUACCGUUGCGGAAAACAACGAUAUACACAUUGAUUGGCUCAAGGAAAUCCUCACUCUCGCUGUCUGUUUCAAAUGUGUGGAAACAAACGAAAUAAUAGUUCUUGAACAACUCCACCUUCUCACGAGUUUCUUGCAUACGGAUAUCUUCUGCCGUCAAAGGAUGGAUUCCAAAAGCCUUGGCCAACAUCUUCAUUUCGUUAUCCGUUGGACAAAUACAAUCAAUCCACCAGGUAGCAUCUUCAUGUUGAAACAGAGACUGGAAUUGAGCGCCAGGAGGGACCAGAGAAGGAAUGUCUGGUGCAUGGAUCGUCUCUUCAACUUCAGACGAGAAGAAACUAAAUCUGUCAGGAGGAACAGACUCUUUAGCACUGAAUGCUCUUUCAAAGGUGACUCCAUUGGCUUCGCUAUCACUGCUGUCAGUGACACCGCAAUAGUGAUGUUUUUGUCCUGGUUGACGUUCGAACUUGGAGGAAGCAGUAUUCCACCAGAGAAGGAGUCCUCACGAGGUUUCAUGAAAGACUUGACUUGUUCGCCAAAAGACCGGGACCGAGCACGAGAACGACGACGUUCCUGGAUAGGUGGCAUUGGAGACGAGAUCUUGAUAGCAAAGUUGUCAUCCUCGUCCUCGUCAUCGACGGCCACCAUUCUGUCUCUUAGUUCACUGGAAUCCAACAGCUGGUCUGGUUUUCUAGAAACACGCGCGUUGGCAUCAGAAGAAUCGAAAAUCCCUGCUCUGGAUACUCUAGCCGCAUCUGUUUGCAAACGAGAGUCUGUCUUGACAGGGAGUGUCAUAUUUUGGUUUCUGUGGUCGUUCAAACGAGAAUCAUCACUAAUGCUGGAAUGCACUGAUGCCUCGUCAUGGGUUGAGUUCACCGAAAUAACUGGUGAACGCGAUCUGGAGGAUCCGCGAUCAGACAUAUUGGGAGGUUGGUCUGCAGUUGGAAUUCGCUUAAGGAGGCUCUUUUUUGAUCAUAAAGUGGACAAAAUCUUUACCAAUGGUGUAGACCUUCUCUCCAGCUUCGCGAAGUAUUUGGGUGACCUUGUCGGCAUUCUCUGGCUUGACAAUGGCCACCAUACCAAUACCCAAGUUCAAAGUCUUGAGAAUGUCGGGGAUUGGCACUCCGCCGGUCUUUCCAAGCCAUUUGAAGAUCUCGGGCACCUCCCAUUGGUUCAUAUCCAAAACAGCGCUCAGAGUGUCUGGCAGGGCUCUUGGGAUGUUUUCAAUCAAUCCACCACCGGUGAUGUGGGCCAAUCCGAGAAUCAAUCCCUGUUUGGUAGCAGGGUCGGUGUAUUUGUAGUCCGUGGUGUCGAUGAUCUUUCUGAUCAGCGAGAAUCCGUUGGAAUGAACACCGUCAGACCCAAUACCAAGAAGAAUGUCACCGGCCUUCAUUUCGUCAACCUUUGGCAGAAUAUCCUUCUUGAUCACAGCUCCAACAGCAGUUCCGUUGGUGUCGUAAUGACCUGGAGCGUACAUUCCUGGCAUCUCACUGGUCUCUCCUCCAACAAGUGCACAGCCAGACAAUUUGCAACCAUUGGCAACUCCUUCCACGAAUGCAGCAGCAACCUUGAUGUCAAGGUGUGCAGUUGCAAAGUAGUCCAAGAACAUCAAUGGCUCAGCUCCUUGAACAACCAAAUCGUUGACAUUCAUGGCAACCAGGUCAAUUCCAACGGUGUUGUGAAUGUCCAUAAUCUGGGCCACCCUCAGCUUAGUUCCAACACCAUCGGUGGCAGCAACAAGCAAAGUAUUGUUGAUGUCAGUGUAUCCCGCCUGCUUGAGGUCGAAAAGACCUCCGAAUCCUCCAAUCUCGGAGUCUGCUCCCGGUCUCUUGGUAGAUCUGACGCUCUGUUUGAUCUGCUCAACGAGCUUGUUACCGGAAUCGACAGAAACUCCAGAGUCCUCAUAUGUGAUGGAAACCUUGCUCUGCGAUCUAUCCUCUCUGAACGCACGGUGUGCGAUGUCUGUACGGUUGUACUUGUCCUUGAAGGUCACGUGAUCAACACCAACGUAUGCCUUCUUGACAGCAUCUUUCAAACUGUCGGCCACAGCAGUAGCAGCAAUGACACGACCACCAGCGGUCACAACCUUGCCGUCAACAAGUUUGGUUCCAGCGUGGAAAAUGAACGUGUCUGCAGGCAACGGCUCUUUGACGGUAAUCUCGUCACCUUUUCUAUAAGCGUCUGGGUAACCACCAGCAGACAUCACCACAGUAGUGCUGAACUUGUUGUUGUAGAUUUGGCAGUCGACACUGUCCAAACGGUGUUCCACGGUAGCCAACAUGAUCUCCAAAAGAUCAGACUUCAGCAAUGGCAACACGGUCUGGGUCUCUGGGUCUCCGAAACGGACGUUGUACUCGAGAACCUUUGGCUCUCCAGCAGGAGUGACCAUUAUUCCCACAAACAGACAUCCAACCAUUGGAUAGCCGUCUUUUCUCAUACCGUCGAUGGUUGGCUUCAAGACAGUUUUUCUGAUCUUCUCCAACAAAGCAGGAGUUCCAAUUGGAGCAGGCGAAAAGAGUAUCCAUCACUCAAACACAAGAUGGAGAGCUCGUCACCUUCAAGGAAUUCCUCAAUGACAACUUCGUCUCCAGCAGAGCCAAACUUUCUAUCCACCAUGAUCUCCUUGAUGGCUUCAUGGGCCUCCUUUUUAUUAGCAGGGAUUAAGACGCCCUUUCCUGCAGCUGUUCCAGAAGCCUUGAUAACCAAGUUCUUUAGCACUAGGUCCAAAGACAGGAAUGCCUGCCUUUUGAAACCAGGUGGAAAUUCCAUCAACCAAAGGCUGUUCAGGACCAGGGAUAACAAGACCAACAUCGUUCUUCAAGGCAAACUCCACCAACUUGUCAAAGUCGGCUGGAGAAGAGCCAAUAGCCACACUGGUCACGUUCUCAAGUUGGGUAAAUCCACCAUUACCUGGAGCAACAAAGAUUUCUUUCACCAAAGGAGAUUGGGCCAGUUUCCACACAAGAGCGUGUUCACGGCCACCAUUCCCCACAACAAGAACGUUGGUUUUUUCCAUUUUCCAAAUGUCUAA